AUGGCCAAGAAAAAUUCCACCAAAGUUGAAAUAGAUCCUCCUGUGAUUAAGGCCAUGAAGCCAUUGAAGAAACGUAAGAGUGAGCCAGAGGCUGAUUUGGAGACCGAAGAACCUUCAAAAGAACCUGCUAAAGAUUCUCAAGAUCAGAAGAAGGCAGCUCUAGCUACUAGCAAGUCUGCAAGCAGUUCAGAUUCAGUAAAUAAAGAUUCUGAUGAAGUGGCUGGUGCGAGAGGCAAUGUAGCUGCAUUCACUCCUCCACAAAGCAGUAUUCAAACGAUUUACGUCGAAGGAUUUGGCUCUUCGCUUCCUGAGGAUGAAAUCAAGACCGCAUUAAGUAAACACUUCAGUGCAUGUGGAGAGAUCACAAGGGUUUUUGUUGCAACAAGCUUUGUCACCGGUGCUGUAAGAGGAUUUGCUUACAUUGAUCUAAAAGAAGAAGACUCAAAGAAGGCGUUGGAACUUAAUGGUAGUGUUAUGUUAGGAAAGGAACUUGUAGUGAAGAAGGCUCUACUGAUGAGAGAUUCUUACCCUGGCUUUUCUGGUCGUGAUCGAGUUCUUGGUGGUCGUUUCGGCGGACGUUUUGGCGGACUUGAUGUUGGUGGCCGAUUUCGCGGUGGCCGUUGUGGAGGUCUUGGCUUGUGUCAACGUGUCUGUUGA